AUGGACACCGACUUCGCUGUCUUGUCAAAGUAUAAGCCUUCGCAACCUUUGCCCAGCUUUAGUCAUUGGCACUUGGACAAGUCUAGAUUAUGUUUGUGGGCCCCAUCCAUCCGAGUCGUCUCCACAAGAAUAUCAUCUUCGGUGACAUCUGUCGUCUCAUAUCAUGACGCGGAAGGCUCGCUGACUGUCAAUUUCAGAAUUGUCAUCGAAGCGUGGUCACUCAAGAAUUGUCAUAAAAGCGUGAUCAUACCGGAACUAUCAUCGAAGCAUGAUCGUUUAAGAAUUUUUACCGAAGAUUUUUUAUCGAAGAUUUUUUAUCGAAGCGUGAUCAUUCAAGAUUUUUUAUCGAAGCGUGAUCAUUCAAGAUUUUUUAUCGAAGGUGCGUACCGGUUUCUCUUUCUCAAGUUACUGACUAUUUCACAGCGUGAUCAUUCAAGCGUGAUCAUUCAAGAUUUUUUAUCGAAGCGUGAUCAUUCAAGAUUUUUUAUCGAAGAUUUUUUAUCGAAGCGUGAUCACUCAAGAAAACUCCCAAGGACGAUCCUUGAAGAGAUAACUCCCAAGAUCGUCCGAGGCCGAAGUAAAGCGCGAUUGCCGGAGAGAGCGACGAGAAAGGAUACUACAAGAGAGCAGCAGGAAAGGAUGCUCGUUCAAGAAUGCAACGCGAAAGCACGGGUAUUCGAGACCGACGGGAAAGUUGCUCAAGCGAUGGAAAGGGCUCCCGGUCGAGAGAGUAGAGGUAAAGAGUUCUCGUUCGAGAGAGUAACGGAAAAGAGCUGGGAGAAGAAGUUGCAGGGCGGCUGCGAUUUGGCGUUCCGCUCGGGGAAAGAAAAACUGCAGUUGAAACCCCUGCAGGUUGAUGUUAAGACCACGCAGUCGGCCAAAAUCAAGGAUGCCGGAUAG